CCCGUGGAGCUACAGGAGGGUCCCGCCAGGCACCAAGAUCUUGGUUUUGUUAUUGCCCAAAAAUCAUUACUUCUGUGUGCAAAGCCGACGACAGAAAAGGACGAAAUCGACUCUAUUCCGAACAUCAAUUUGGGCCCAGUGGAUGAUGCUGAUACUGAUCGAGAUGUCUUUUCACGAGAAACUGGUUUAAACCACGUCUACCAAGGUGAUGUUGUUCCGGUUAAUAUAUUCGCUUGUUUCUCGGCCCACACCUACUCCUGCUCCAAGCUCCUUCAAGCCCCGGCACACCCUCAACGCCGUCAGGCCUAUCUUCACAAUGGCUCCUCCCCUCUUGAGUCACGCUUUCUUUUUGAUACCUUUUCCACCUCGUAG